UGUACAGAUGGCGAUAUUCGACAUUUCACCAAAAAUAAAAAAAUAAGCGUUUUAUCCUGCCUUGUAACAAGGUCAACAACUCUAUUUCCCGAAAAAGUGAAAAAUUCGGUGUUUUACCAGCGAAUCAAGUGAAAAAGUGAUAUGAUUGUGUUGACAGAAUGCCCGUACUGGUGAAAAUCCAAUAGGUGAGAGCUGCUGAGUGGAUUGUGCCCAUCACUUCUCACAACUACUCACCAUGUAAAUGGCACCUCUCCUCUGCACUAUAUUCAACUGUUCCUAAGCAUGUCAGAGGCCAUGGAUUGCUACAAUCUCAUACCCCCACUACCAGACACCGGAGGAACCAGUAGAACCAGCCCAAACCUCAAUUCUCCCUGCUCGAAUAACAUCGUGAAGACCGACCUCAAUUCACGUGAACUGGACCUCAAAGACUGUCUACUGAAUGGGAACAUUGGCAAUUUGAGUUCUUAUUUACCAAACAACAAUGUGUGCGCUGAUAAUGUGAUCACAGACACCGAUAUUUCUGCCAAGGAUGAUUCGUUUGAAAGUGAGGAAUAUGCCAGUGGGGACAUUACUCAUGAUAGUGAUGGUCAAUUGAAAGAUGGUGAUGGUGAUUCUGUUACUCAAUCAGAAGACACAAACAGUUUGAAUGAAAACAGUAGUGCAACAGAGUCGAGCCAAGAGCCACAAACUUCAGAGCGAAUUGAGACUCCGGUGGACAGUGAUGAGGAAAUUGAUAAUAUCUCGCGAGCUGAGGAUAACUAUGUCCCAGAUGAAUACAAUAAUGGCAGCAUAAGUAGAAAAAGCAGAGCAAGGAAGGCAGCUGGUCGACCGGGACGUGGCCGAGCUUCAAAGGCGGUCACCAUGUACCAUAGCCAGAUUAGUGGCGAUAAGGGUGCAAUCAAAAUCCGAAUCCGAAAGAGCAACUUGAGUGGCACUCAACCAUUGGCGCCCAACAAGAGGAAGUCAGGCAGGCGGAAAAAACACAAGACUUACUCAGAUACGGACAAUUCCGACUAUGAGAAAAAGCCGAAACGGAACCGAUUUAUUACCAGUACAGACAACGACGUGUCCAGUACUCAGAACGACGAGCCUUUGGAGCAGAGCUGCUGGGGGGAUCCAUCCAAACUACCCUCAGAAAUACUUGAAAAAAUCUUCGAAGAGGCUUGCUCUUUAGAAGGUGCUUUGCCGGCUUUUAUCAGAUUGGGUAAAGUAUGCAGAUACUGGAACGACACAUCCCAGAAAACGGUAUUAUGGAGAAAGGCCGAUCUGAACUACGUGAAAGAAAAGAACAGAACUGAUAUCACGUUGCAUUGGCUCAUCGUGAAUCGUCUGCCUCAGUGUGAGGAUAUAAAUAUGGGUGAAUGGAAAGUUCGAGAUAUUCAGAGGGUUUUGGAAGCAAUUUGCGAACAUUGCACCAAGCUGAGAGGUUUAAAUCUGGGGGGUUGGAAAGGACUUAAUGCUGAUAAUCUGAAAUACUUAACUACCGAAUGCAAAACACUGGAACGAUUAGAUUUAUCAUCAAUAAAUUCAACAUCGGCCAUUAAUGCGCAGCCAUUGGUUGCUUUGAGUCAGACCAUGAAUACUCGGCUCACUCAUCUCGUUCUAGCCCAUAAUAAAAUCGCGGGCUUCAUGCAGAUCAUAUCCGCUAUAUCAUCUCACUGUCCAAAUCUUCAAUUAUUGGAUAUAUCGAAUAUCAAAACAUUCGCACAUAAUACUGCCUUAUUGCACGUGGAAAAGCUUCAAAUUGGAUGUCCGAAAAUUCGUGUGUUGAGGAUAACCAAUAGUCAAAUCUGGCUAGCCCCAGUAGCUCUUACGGAACAGGUUGCUUCGCCAGGUUUUCCUAAACUGGAAGAAUUGUCGUUGGCCGGUCUCGAAGAAGACCAGACCACCACGUCCAGAUCAAUGGACGAUGAUGGAAUCGAAAGGCUGCUGAAAUCAAGUACAAAACUUCGUCUAUUAGAUGUUCGUGGAUGCAGCAAGUUGACGGAUUCUGGUCUAGUGCGAGUGCCAGCAUGGGACUUGGAGCACCUGUUUUUGAGUGCGUGUUAUAUAACGAGAUUACAAAAUUCCGGACUUGAGCUGAUAGUUCAGAAAUGGAGCCACAGCUUACUGGAAGUGGAUUUGGCAUGGUCUUCAGCGACUUCAUCGCUAGACGCGGCUGUGUUGGCUUUAGCUGAGAAAGGGCCCGAGUCAAAACUAAGGAUACUCAACCUGUGUGGUUCAUCAGUGUCUCUAGAACCGGUAAAGGCAGUGUUAUCCAAAUGUCCCCAUUUGAAUUCCAUCAACUUGCAAUCGUGCCGAGCUCUGCCCAGAGGCAUUAAGCGAUUGUAUACAGGAGCAGCUGUGGCCGACCUACGUAAGAGUCUAAGCGAAAAGAAGACUGAAGGCAGCGAUUCUGAGGAAACAAAGUCAACCACAACGUCUCCAAAAGGAGACUAACUCUCGGUUUGUUUACAUUAGCCUUUGGCGUUAAUGCGGAGCUUGGAGGUAUGUGAGUAUACCAGUAUAUUGCCCUGUUUGUUUGUUGUUUAUAGUUGAAAAAUUGGUAUUUGUCAACACAUCCCAUACGUAAAUAUUGUUGCUGUAACUAAUUUGAUAGUACUCCAUCAGUCAAUCUAUAAUAGUAGAUUAUCUCACACUUCAACUUUUUCACUGCAUUCAAAGCUGGGCGUUUUGAAUUAAUCUAACUGAAUUAUCAGUUAUCCAAUCUUUUCGGACUAUUUAUUUUUUGGAUACUAUCGGGCAUUGAGGAGCUAUUGACUAUUUUUGGUCGUUUGCUUCCGAAUCUCGUCAAUAACGUAAAUAAAUUAAAAAAUGCAUAAAACGAACGCCAGCUUUGAUCUGUGGCACAUACGGAGCUAAAUGUUUAAACGGUUUUUGUACUUUGGGUUUAAAAAACCGUGUUUAGUAAUUCGCGUUUCUUUUUUCUCUAGCUAUAGUAGCGAUUAGUGCAUAAAACACUCAAACGUAGAUUAGAACGUUGGAAGUUUAGUUUCAGAUGAAUAAAUAUUUAUUUUACAUGCAAGAGUCAAAGUCGUCUAACGAAAUUACAUUGAUGCAGAUAAUUGAAUUGAUUGUUGGUGCUUCUUCAUGUCCGCUUAGUUUCAUGUCUAGGAGACCCGAUGAACUUUAGCAAAAAAAAAGUAUUUAGCAAGUAAAACCAAAUACUUUUUUAAUCGACACUUUUUAAUUGCAGGAUGGUUGAUUUUUCUUGGGAAUUCGGUCUGGCAAAGACAGGAAAAAUCAACCAUCCUGCAAUUAUUGGAUAUCGGUCAAGCUACUGAACUUACUUUUUUUUAAGUUGCUCAUCAACUUUUGGGGAAACGCUGGCGAUAAAUGCCGGAAUUAGUAUCUGUGAAUGCGACACAUAAACUAUUAAUCACUUUAAUUUAACUCUUGAUGGAUGUGAUUUGCAUGUUCAUGCAUGGAUAGUGAAUGUAAUUCUCUCAUAGAAGAAUAGUUGCGUCUGAUAAUAUUAUGCAUUGUUCAGUAUGUUAUGGUUUUAAAGUAAGAGACAACAUUUUAAUUUGGUUUCUAAAGCACGCAAAUGUUCAAAUCUGGCCCAUAGAAGCCCUUUAUGUUUCGGCUGAAUAACCGAAAUUAAACAUUUUGUUAACUUGAUUAAAAACUUAAUUAAAAGUGGACAAUAUACAACGUUUUUCAAUAAACCAUGCCGCUGUAUCUCAUUUUUUAGGCACGUUAUAUACAGAAAAUAUUUUGCACUCACAUCCGCAUUCAGAAAUACUAAUUGUCUGUGUCUGAGAGUUUUCCCGCAAUUAACCAAGAGCGUUUUUGCUUUGGUUUCCAACGCACUGUAUUAUAACAAUAAAACACUGUUCUUAGUGUAUUACGAUGUUAAAUACACUGCAUAAAAAAUAAUUUUAAAGUCAACCCUUUUGAGUCCCGAAAUUAAGAACAAAAUAUAUCGUAUUUUGUAUGAUAACUUGUAAUUAUGAUAAUAUAGAUAAUAAAUAAAAUCGAGGAAACUAGACAUUUUGCUUGAAUGUAAAAAUACUUAUGAAAAAUCCGAGAUUGCAUUUUUAUAGAUGAUAAAAAGGCAUUCUUAGAAUAGCAACAUGAAGAAAAACUCAGAUACUAAUGCAUUUAUCUAAACCUGCAGAGUUCUUGUUCUGGUGUUGUUAAAGGAAUAAAAACCGUUUGUUUUUACAAUAAAAUUAUUGUAGUGAUUGUACCUGUAAACCACAAACUGGACAAGAACUUUGCUGUAUUUCUUAAGCUUUUGUAUAAAUUGAGCCAAAACUUAAAAAAGCAAAUUGUACAUAACUAGCUUGUUAAUGUUAUAUUCAUUAGAAAAUGUUUAGAAUAUCAAUUUGUUUAUAGACAUUACUAUAUGGGCAAGAUGUUUUUGGGGUAUUUUACAAAUACCAUUUUUUUGUAUGUAUGUUUUAUUUUAUUUAUUUGCUGUCGUUUAUGUAUUUCCUAGUCAUUGCUCAAGUGAUGACAAUGAUUAAGAUUUUUUUGGCACAAUUAUUUCAUUUUGAACCGAUUUAAAUAAUUUUACAAAUACACUUAAAUAAGGAAAAUCAGUUUAAAUUUUGAAAUCAUUCAUAUUUAUCAUAUUUUUCUAAUUAAUUUAAGAGCUAAUUAUUUACCUUUUUUGUUUGACGGGAAUAUUUGUGACCUUACGGGGUGGGAUAAGAGAUUCGUUAAUUGAUUUUAUAAAUUCAUAUUUGUGCACUUAAGAAGAAUAUAUCUGUACUAAUACUAUUGUAUAUUUAUAUAAAUAUAUGAUUAGGUUAAUAAUA